AUGGCAAAAUUCCGGGCCUCUUUUUUCCUCUCCGGAACUCAACUGAAAAUCUCGCCAAAGGUCCCACCGGAUGAUUGUGUCCACCAAAGGAUCGAAAGACGAAUUCAAGGUUACUCGCCAACUCUAUGCUUACAAAGGAGUCUGCCGUCCUGGGAUGAAUCUAUUGUGGCAAUGGGGUUAAUGGGAGUUUGAAAAACUUUUCCCCUUGGAGUAGCAAUUAUUGGGCACAGUUCUGGUAUUGGCGUCUGGUUAGCUAUCAUACAGCGCUUGAGUACAGUACAGUACGAUAUAUCGCUCCAGACCUCGACAGCAGGCAUUUAGUGAUCAAGGUCAUCGGCUGGUUCUCGACCUGGAAGCCAAUGUUUGCUCAAGGAGAGCCAACAAAUCGCCCGAUACUUGUCCUAGGCUAAGAGUUUGGCCAUAGAGGGUAUAGUUUGCAUUGGCGCUCCGAUACGCACAGAUUUUUGGGCACUUCUGGCCCGGGACAAGCAGUGAACUAUUGGAAAAUAGGUCGUUUCAGUGAAUAGCUCUCUCGGCAUUGGUUCCAUGGUACUCCGUUGGUGCCAGGAUUAACUGCAGUACCGUAAAAACCUUUACGGCACGAUGUAGUCCACUACAGUAGCCCCCGAGCUCUGCAAUCUCCAGGUUCUGGGAUAGAGGCUCUGAGAGGGAUUAGCGCUUUCCCGAUAUGGUAAUGUAAUAGGUCUCGUUAACCGGUGUUUACAAUUCUCUUAACUCAUCAAAUAAAAUUGUUGUGGGAGGACGGACUGAUUUCCGCUGAUAAACUGAUAGUGGGUUAUAAGGGGUUUUACGGUAGGAACCUGAUACAAGCACAUAAGCCUGACCAAAUAUCUCCUCCAGGCCAAGGAUCCUGGAACAGUCCACCCGCUAUUCACGUGUUUUGUCAUAUCCGAGAGUACCUUCUCAUUUCUACUAAGUUUUCACCAUAUCUUCAAUUGCAGUUUAAUGAAUUUCACCAAUUUCAGAGUUUAUCUAUCCCCCACCGCAGGAUUGUCGUGCAUUUGAAUCAGCGCUACCGGUAUCCAAGUCGAAAGGACUUGGGGUCGUGAAACAUCUCCCGGUCGUAUCAAAACCUAAAA